UCUCUAGUAUAUAUAGUCUUGUCGUGUUGGGAAAUUGCAUGAGUUGUUUUUGGAUCAAUUAAUCAUGAGGACGUUGAUCGCACUGUUAGCCCUUGGGUUUGUCGCCGUUAGUGCCGGUCCGACGGUUCCGCAGAGAAUUGUCGGCGGUUCGGUCACCACCAUCAACAACUACCCCUCCAUUGUGGCGUUGUUGCGAACCUGGGACUGGAGCCAGUGGUGGCAAUCCUGUGGCGGUUCCAUCAUCAACAACAGACACAUUCUUACGGCCGCUCACUGCCCUCACGGUGACGCAGUUGGAAUGUGGCGUGUGCGUGUCGGUUCCACUUUUGCAAACAGUGGCGGUGUUGUUCACAAUGUGAAUCAUCAUGCUAUCCACCAUAAUUACAACAGAUGGAGCCUCGAUAAUGACAUUGCUAUUUUACGUCUUGCUUCCAACAUUGGAUUCAACCAGAACGCCCAGCCGGGCUCAUUUGCUGGAGGCAAUUACCAUGUUGCCGACAACCAAGCGGUCUGGGCUGCUGGAUGGGGUCAUACACAGUUCCAAGGGAGCCCUUCGGAGCAACUGCGUCACGUCGAAGUACGGACCAUCAACCUGGAAGUCUGCAGAGAUAGAUACCGUCGUGCCUUCCCUCCCCGCACCGUGACUGAUAACAUGUUGUGCUCUGGAAUUCUUGACGUCGGAGGUCGCGACGCUUGCCAAGGAGACUCCGGCGGUCCUCUCUACCACAACAGGGUUAUCGCCGGCAUUACCUCCUGGGGUGAACGCUGUGCUGAUCCUCGCUUCCCUGGCGUUAACGUUCGCGUCCAGCGUUAUCCCGAUUGGAUCCGAAACAACUCUUAAAAAUAUAACUGUUAUGACAUGAUUAUUAAAUUCCUUCAUAUUUUGUAUUAUA